AUGGCCGCACGAAACACGAGCGCAGGUCGUGGCGUGGCCAAAGCGCUGGUCGCCGCUGUGGCUCUAGUAGCGAUUGUACUGGGUGCCUUGCCUCUCCUAUCACCGCAACUCUUUGUGCCAGAGGAGCACCUGGCUGCUGUGCGUGCGUUCUUUUCGCAGAGCGCGACGGCCCCUGCAUGGGACGAAGAGGCUUGGCAGGCUACCACGGCCCCACGCGCCACGACACAUACCAACAACUGGGCCGUACUGGUAUGUACGUCCAAGUUUUGGUUCAAUUAUCGCCAUAUGGCCAAUGUUUUGGGCAUGUAUCGUACCGUCAAGCGCCUUGGUAUGCCGGACAGCCAUAUUAUCUUGAUGAUGGCCGAUGAUGCCGCCUGCAAUGCACGCAAUCCAUAUCCAGGGGCCGUGUGGUCCGCGUCCAACCACGAGCUCGAUUUGUACGGUGACGACGUGGAAGUCGACUACCGUGGCUACGAAGUCACAGUUGCGAAUUUCCUUCGUCUAUUAACGGGCCGCGUACCGGCCCAUACGCCGCGGUCGAAACACCUAGAGUCUGAUGAACACUCCAAUGUAUUUUUGUAUAUGACCGGGCAUGGCGGUGAUGAGUUCCUCAAGUUCCAAGACUCGGAGGAAGUGAGCGCGCAGGAUCUGGCCGAUGCCAUUGAGCAGAUGUGGGAGAAGCGGCGGUACCAUGAGCUUCUCUUCAUGAUUGAUACGUGCCAGGCCAGCACGAUGGCUUCGAAGAUCUACAGCCCUAAUGUCCUUGCCGUGGGCAGCAGCAUGAAAGGCCAAAACUCGUACUCGUACAGCGUGGAUUACGCUGUAGGUGUGCCAUUGAUCGAUCGAUAUACGCGUGCUGUACUGGAAUACAUGGAGAAAGUCACACGGGCCUCGUCCCAAACACUCUACGAUCUCCUAGGCAGUUUGGACGUGAAGGAAAUUCAUUCAGACCCUGUGGUCCGCUCCGACUUGUAUCCCCGCCGCUUGGAGGACGUGCGAGUGACCGACUUUUUGGGCUCGGUGGCCCAAGUACAGUUGACAUAG